CUGUAAGGGAGCAGUUGUUAUGGUUAAAUGUCGAGGGGGAAAGUUGGACUGAAACAAUAGUGAGUUAAGAUCCAUCAUGCUGCACUGGAGCCGCUGAGGAUUAGCUUUUAAAAGUUCACCCGGAUUGAACACUCGGAAUUUUCUCAUUUUUAACCACUUGGUUGCAAGUGUGCGUAAUUGGCAGAUAUGUGUUUAGUGUUUAACUAGCACCCUUGCAUUGUGUUGUUUCUAACCUGAGGGAUUAAAGCAUAAGAGGACAUGGCGAGUGAAAGGAAACCGAGGCUUUGUGUCAUGACAAAAGGGGAGAAAGGCUACGGAUUUCACUUGCAUGGUGAAAAGGGAAAGACUGGACAGUACAUCCGCAAAGUGGAGCCCGAUUCGCCUGCGGAGGAGGCGGGCUUGCGCGCGGGGGACCGGGUGGUCGCAGUGAACGGUGUGAACGUGGAGAGAGAAACGCACCACCAGGUGGUACAGCGGAUCAAGGCUGUGGACAAUGUGACCAGGUUACUGGUGGUGGACCAAGAGACCCACGAAUGUCUCCGCAACCUGCGCCUCACCCCCACAGAGGAGAUGGCUGUCCCUGGAGCGGAGCCGCCUCCCCCGUUCAUUCCCCCGCCGCCGCCCGACCCAACCCCUUCCCCGUCAUCUUCGGUCCCGUCAUCGCCCAGCAAGAAGAAGCGGGAGAAUGGUUCGGCGGUGUUGCAGUCCAUGUUGCAGAGGAGUCAGAGUUGUCAGGCGCAGAAGCCGACCAGGAGGCUACCAUCAUCAGCUGUGAAGAAGGGCUCCUCCUACAGGAGUGAACAGCAGACCACCAUAAAGACGCAACGAGAGGUCCCUCCCCAGGCAGAAGUCCCCACCCAGGCCCGAUCCCGGCUCCACGGAGACCCGACGGAGUUUGCGCCUCGACUGUGCCACCUGGUGCGGGCGGAGACGGGCUACGGAUUCAACCUACACAGCCAUCGGUCCAGACCUGGCCAGUACAUCCGCUCGCUGGAUGCGGGCUCGCCCGCGGACCAGGCUGGCCUGCGACCUCAGGACAGGAUUAUUGAGGUGAAUGGCGUGAACAUCGAGAGCUUGCGUCACGGCGAGGUGGUGGCCUUUAUAAAGAAAGGAGGUGACGAGACCUGGCUGCUGGUUGUGGAUCCGGACACGGACGAGUACUUCAAGAUGAAAGGCAUCAUCCCCACUGUCAGCCACGUCAAAGACUAUGAUGGUCCAAACAUAUCUAAUGGCUCACCCAGUCCUCUCAUGAACGGCAGUUCCUCUUCACAUUCAUUCAGGUCAAUGAACUCCGACCUGAGUAGCCAUGGUAACAGCACACAGACGACUGGCGACGAGCGCGGCCGUUUUUCGGACCCGUUCGCCGAGAUCGGCCUGAGCGCCACGGCAGCAGAGGAGAAGCGGAAGCUCCACGCCAAAGAGAAGAGGAAGGCGCCACAGAUGGACUGGAUGAAGAAAUACGAACUAUUCAGCAACUUCUGAGACGACGAUCAGCAAAGAAACACGCAAGCUAGCAACCGAAGGAUGGAUUUUUAUCUUCAAAAAUGGAGUUUAAAUAUUUACUUAAGUCGUUUUUAUAUAUAUUUAAAGUGUAUUAACAGCUUUAAAAAUCAUCAGCAUGGCUACGUGGAGGUUUAAGAACCCCGUGAGAGAGACGUUAUCAACCACUGACAACUGAUGAAUCUUUACAAGCGACAAGGAAGGAUACUGAAUGUGUUCAGCAGAGGGCAGCAUUGCACCACAAGUACACGCCCUUUGGCAGACAUGCAUUAUUUAUUCCCAGCAGUGGUGUCAUGUGAUGAACAAAUUUAUAUGAUUGGGAGUGGACGUGGAGAAUGUAUUUUGUGGGUGGAGUUAGAAACUGUGGCACGCUAUACAAGAUAGUACAGUAUUACAUUCUAAUGGUGUUCAUGAAGAAAGGACUACAAAGUGAUGCACUGACAAAGAACAGGUACAAAGGAUGAGAAGCACAUGACUAUCACUCAACUCUCGUGUGGUAAUCCAUACACUGCAAGAAAACAAUUGGACGAAAAAUUAAUCAAUACUUUUAAUUUGACGCCAGCGUGUCGAUACCAUACCAUAGGUAACAAUACGACUCACUGUUAUAUCGAUAUUUAGUGCCGACGUUGCAAUACUGCAUCAUGAGACAAUACAUAUUGUAUGAAGGAACCUGGUAUCUAUAAAGAUGAUUUAAAUUUGGAUAGCUUGGCCUCGUUGGAGGUCUGCUCCUUUGUUGUGUCACAAGACUAAACUGUUCUAGUUUACUAGUUGCAUGCAUUUAGCCCAUGCUUUCUAGUCCAGACAAGUUUGUAGUAGCUAAAUUUCUCCAUCCAAUUUUGUAUUGUAAAAUAUACGUACAGUACAUAAAGGUACUAUAAACAAGAUGAUUGUUGUUUCAUGCAUAUCUCUUCAACCUGAAGUGCAUUUUAUUCUAUUUUUUCAGCUGCUGAUUCGACCCUUACAGCUUGCCGUAAUUGGGCACAUAAGGACUUCCGCGAGAGACCUCCAGACCACUGAAUUA